ACCAGUACUUCUGUCUGAAACCUUUGGGCUCUGCUUACGGAACCCUCUGGAGAAUGAUGUGUCUGGUUAUUUUGUUCUAAAUGUCUUUUUUUAAUUUAUUUUUUCUUUUGUUUAAGCGUUCUUCAGUCUGAUUUGAAUGAAAUACCCCAGAGAAAAGGCCCUCUCCAGCGUUUCCGUCCACAGGGCUGGACAAGAUGCCAAAGCAGGAAAAUGGCCAAAAAGAAGACUCCAUCAUCCAGAAUGACCUCAGUGAAUCGUUUGAAGAAGAAGUUAGAGCGUUCCUUAGUGAUGAAGAGAAACUGCACCUUUUUGAUGACCUCACAAAAGUUAAUCCAGUGACAACUACAACAGUUCUGAAAUGUCUUCAAGCAAGAUAUGCAGUAAACUUGUUCUAUACAAAUGCUGGCUGCAGCCUGGUGGCUUUAAAUCCAUUUCAGCCUGUCACCUACCUCUAUUCACCUGAGCUCAUGAGAGAGUACCACGUCGCACUGCGUCCUCAGGAUUUAAAACCUCACAUCUUUGCAGUGGCUGAACAAACCUACAGAAAUGUCCAAAGUCAGAUAGAGCCCGUCAACCAGUCUAUAAUUGUUAGUGGAGAAAGUGGUGCUGGGAAGACCUGGACGUCUCGCUGCCUUAUGAAAUUCUAUGCUUCUGUUGCUGCUUCAGUUAUCUCCCCAAAAGGCAAUGAAACUGUGGAAAGGAUAGAGAAGAGAGUGUUGGAUUCCAACCCUGUCAUGGAAGCAUUUGGAAAUGCAUGUACCCUGCGGAAUAACAACAGUAGCCGUUUUGGAAAGUAUAUCCAGCUUCAGUUAGACAGAUUCCAUCAUCUGAGUAGUGCCUCCAUUCAGACUUUCCUUUUGGAGAAAACCAGAGUUGCCUAUCAGGCCCCCAACGAAAGAAACUUUCACAUCUUUUAUCAGAUCACAAAAGGUGCCACUGCAGAGGAGAGGCUGGAAUGGAACCUUCCAGAAGGGGCUGACUACCGCUGGCUGCCAAAUGCUGAAAGAAGCUUAGAUGAGGACUGCUUCGAGGUGACCAGAGAUGCAAUGUUUCACUUGGGCAUUGACCGCUCCACGCAGAACAAUAUUUUCAAGGUAUUGUCAGGCCUUCUCCAUCUUGGGAAUGUUCAAUUCUCCAAUCCUGUGGAUGAAUCUCAGUCUUGUGAACUAGAAGAAAACGCCAAAGACUUUUUGAAGACUGCUGGAGCUUUGCUGCAGAUACCUGUCGAGGAGCUACUGGAAUCAUUAAGAAUUCGAACAAUAACUGCUGGGAAACAACAACAAGUCUUCAAGAAGCCGUGCUCCAGAGCCGAGUGCGAGACGAGGAGGGACUGCCUCGCCAAAGUGAUCUAUGCCAAAUUGUUUGAAUGGCUCGUUUUGGUCAUAAAUGAAAGCAUCUAUGGAGAUCCUUCAGGAUGGACCAGCUUCAUAGGUUUGUUGGAUGUUUAUGGUUUUGAAGCCUUCCCUGAAAACAACUUGGAACAGCUCUGUAUUAACUAUGCCAACGAGAAACUGCAGCAGCACUUUGUAGCACACUAUCUGAAGGCACAACAGGAGGAAUACGCGGCCGAGGGCCUGCAGUGGUCCUUCAUAAACUACCAGGACAACCAGAACUGCCUGGAUCUGAUCGAGGGGAAUCCUCUCAGCAUUUUUUCUUUGCUGAAUGAGGAGUGUCGACUGAACAGAUCCUCCAACACCGACCUCUUUCAAACUCGGAUUGAGAAAGCCUUGUCUAAUAAUCAAUGUUUAAGUCGAAACAAGUUCAGUAAGAAGCCUAACUUCAUUAUUUCACAUUACGCUGGCAAAGUCUGCUAUCAGCUGGCAGCAAUGGUGGAGAAAAAUAAGGACCCCAUUCCACCAGAGCUGGUCCAUGUGUUGCAGAAUUCUAAGGACCCUUUGAUUCAAAAAUUAUUUCCUGUGACAGAAAGGAACCAAAAUAACAUCAAAACCCAGAGCAGAGCAGCUGUGGUUACAGUGGUGUCAAAGUUCAAGAGUUCACUUGAACACCUCAUGCAGAUUUUGAGUAGCACCACACCGCAUUACAUCCGCUGCAUCAAGCCCAACGCCGACUGCAAGGCAAUGACUUUCAAAAGAGAAGAGGUCCUCAGCCAGCUCCAGGCCUGUGGAAUAGUGGAAGCCAUCACCAUCAGCGCAGCGGGGUUCCCCAUUAGGAUCCCUUUCCAGAGUUUCACUGAGCGCUAUCAAAUACUGAGAAAAUCAUGUGGGUCCAGUAAAAAGAGAUUGUGUGAUAAAAGCAACUGUCUUUCUACUGCCGAGAAGAAAGGCGGGACGCCGGUGGUGGCCGGUGACACGGCAUCCAGUGAUGUCAUCUCUGAGAUCCUUCAGAACAUCCUUCGCAACGUUAUGGGACAAACCCCUGCUGAGCCAACGGGGAGCAGAGCAGAGAACCCUCCGGUGUACUGCGGCAAAACCAAAGUGUUCAUGGCCAAUUCUGUGCUGGAGCAACUUGAAGCCAGAAGGACAGAGGUGUUAAAUGAGAAAGCAUUUUGCAUUCAGUGCUGCUGGAGAAGAUUUAAACAGAAGAAACUAGAGAAGGAGAGACGGUCUGCAACCAUCAUCCAAGCAGCUGUUCGUUCCUGGUUGGCCAAGAAUCGCUUCCGAAGGAUGCGCAAAGCUGCUGAUGUCAUUAAGCGUGGCUGGAGGAAAUGGAAAGCAAAAAUGGCUGCUUUGGCAGCAGCUGAAUUGGACGAGGCUGAAGAAAAGGCCUUCUUCUCAGGUCCUGGAGCUAGGAGGCUCUCAGCCAAGCCACCGUGCUCUUUGGAAACAACUCGGCCUCUGCAGACAAUCAUUCCCUUCUGGCCCCUUGGCCUCGUCCUGGCUGCGGCGCCCGUGACCGUGACGGGGCUUCGGAGGGACCUGUCCCUGCUGGGCUGUCUGAGAGUCCUUCGGGAGAGCGGCUGCUGCAAGGGGGAGAGCUGCUUCUUCGGCUGCGGCAUCACGUCCAUCAGAGCUCUCCCACAGGGCUCUGUCAGGUUCCACUGUAAGAAGUCUCCCCUGCACUACGCCAACGUCAGCCCCCACAGGGCCGCCUGCUCCGUCACCGGCUUCAACCAGAUCUUACUGGACAGAAAAAACCUCCUUCCAACAUAGGCUCUGGCCGCCUGCACACCCCCUGCUCCUCCCUCCAGGGAAGGACUUGUCUGCAAGAUGCUGCUUCCAAAUUACUCUACGUCCGUGUCUGCCGUUACCUCAGAGCUUUCUGUAUCAACGCAUCAUACCUAUCACAUAAUAUAAAAUAAUAUAAUAUAAUACACACCACAUUUAGAAGGCGGGGUGGGGGGAUUCCUCCUCUCACACGUGCACACAGUAGAAGAAAUAUGAAUACUAUGAAAACACUCAACGUAAUUAAAACAGACCAAGUGCUUUAAGCACAAUGUACUUGAAGUGACCCCGUCUGGGAGAGCGAGAGGCUGGUAACGAGAGCGCAACGAAGGGAACCAUUUCUGACACGUCCUGGAUUCUCCUUGGAAGAUCCAACUCUGUCCAACUGACACUGUAACACUUCUGACUGUGGGGGGAGUGAGCCACAGGCACCUGUAACACUAAAGGCUGAUGUCUCAGGGAAAAGUGAGACCGGACUCUCACUUUUUGUAUCCAUAGGACCAAAAUACACAAAUUCACAAGGGCCGUGGCAUUUCCAGAACCACCCUGUCAGGAGCCUCCCCCCACCAAGGCUCUCCUCAGAGGCACCCUCUGCUGCUCACACGGCUCUGGAAAAUGUUCCGCGUUUCCGUGUUUUAAAUAAACUGGUAAAUACCUUCUCAA